GAUUCCGAAUCCAAAUCCACAACAACCAAAUCCAACCCAUACUCUCCGCCAGACUCAUGUACUACGCUGUUGAUUACUACGCGGAUAUGGGACAAAUCUCUCAAGAUUGUUUCGCUGCAACAAAAUUCGGAACAUCUGACUUCGACAUGGAUGAACUCGAUGACUUGGAUCAAGUCACCCAGGUGAUUGGCUACCAUCCCCAGUUCCACGAUCACUUUCUGCGCACCCAGAACUUUAUAAUGAAGGGAGAUGGCCCGUUGCCGAACGACUACCGAUACUAUUUGGCCAUAAUUGCAGCCGCUCGACACCAGUGUCCGUAUCUGGUGAAGCGGUACGAGAAGGAGUUCAUCAACCAGGGAGGAGAUAGCGCCUGGCUGGGCGGCCUGGACUUUAUACCCGCCAAACUUCGUGCCAUAUACGAUAUCAAUAAAAUAUUAGCCCAUCGCCCGUGGCUGCUGCGCAAGGAGCACAUCGAGCGACUGACCAAGGGGAAGAAUAGCUGGUCGCUGUCGGAGGUGGUCCAUGCCAUGGUCCUGCUCUCGCAUUUCCACUCGCUGUCCUCCUUUGUGUUCUCCUGCGGACUCACACAAAAGCUGGACGGGCUGUCUAGUCCCAAAUUGAAGAGUCCGCCGGCGCUGGUGGCCGACCAUCACCACCACCACCAUCCGACCACCACCAACACCCCGCUGGACCCGCAGAAAACCGUGCUGGCGGAGAUCUCGCUCAACAAUGCAAAGCCGGAUUACAAUAGCCAAACCGCAGCGAGCAACAAUGGAGGAGCGGCUCCAGGCUCCGCAAAUGCGAAUGCGAAUGCGAGCGGAGAUGGACCCGAUGCCACGGCUCUCAACGGAUAUUUGGCAACGGCCCAGCAGCAGCCGCAGCAGCACGGCAUCAGCGUGGAGGCGCUGAUGGAGCGCAUGAAGGUCCUGUCCCAGAAACAGGACGAGUGCAGCGAGGCCGAGCUGAGCAGCCGCUUCCAGAAGGUGGAGCAGCAGACCGCCGAGCUGGCUGCAGUGACUCCGGAGGCAGCUGUUGCCGUGCCAACCAACCUAUCGCACUACGUGGACGAUGCCAAUUUCAUUUACCAGGACUUUGCACGCCGCGGCACCGAAAACAUCAACACUUUUCGCAUUCAGGACUACUCCUGGGAGGAUCACGGCUACUCGCUGGUGGAUAGGCUGUACAACGAUGUGGGCACUUUCCUGGAUGCCAAGUUUCGAGCAGCCUACAAUCUCACCUACUGCACUAUGGGCGGUAUAAAGAAUGUGGACACAUCCAAGUUUCGCAGGGCCAUUUGGAACUAUAUCCAGUGCAUCUAUGGCAUACGACACGAUGACUACGAUUAUGGUGAAGUGAAUCAGCUCCUCGUGCGUCCCUUGAAAAUGUUUAUUAAGACAGCCUGCUGCUUUCCCGAGCGUAUUACAACCAAGGAUUAUGAUAGUGUGCUGGUCGAGCUGCAGGACAGUGAAAAGGUUCAUGUGAAUCUAAUGAUAAUGGAAGCCCGUAAUCAGGCCGAGUUACUCUAUGCUCUGCGCGAGAUAAUGCGCUAUAUGACUUGAUCUCAUUAAGUGAAUAAACACACGUAUAUAUUACAUACCCACAUACACGAAACCCAACAAAAACAAAAAAAGAAGAAAACUCACCUACACCCACACACUCUACACAUACAUGCAUAAAACAUUUUGUUAUUUUGAGAGCGCAUUAAAAAUUCAGCGAAAGGAACGGAAACGGAAACUAAAUCUAAAGGAUAUAAAAGUGCAGGAAGAACACGAAAAAAAAACUCCGAGAUAUAUACAAUUUUAGCAAUGAAAGAAAUAAAUGUUCGCUUUUCGAUGUUAAUGCAUGUGUUAAGCCGACAUAAACAACAAUAAUAGCCAUUCAAUAUCAGUGUCCAUUAAAUUAAUGUGCAGCGUUUACUACUCAAUUAACAAUAGUCUGUGUCUAUGAUUAGCCAACACGCAAAUUAAUCACACAGAGAAAAUAUUAUGGAAAAUGUUUGUUAAAUUAAGCGGAACUCAAAAACAAAACUUUCUGUCUGUUUCCUUUUCGUGAAUGCGCAAGCAAUAAUCACUGUACAUAUGUAUUAUGUUUUGUUUAAUUAUUUUAGCGAAAUAAAGAAAAUUUUUAUUUUAA